UCUUUUGGUCCAGUAGUUGCAUGUUACUAUGCGCUUGCAAAAUCUGUCACAGCCCUCCUUCAGUACCUUGCCAACAGGAUCGACUCUAACGCGAGCGCUGUUUGUCGAUAAUUUGUCGCAUUGGAUUGGUUAGACGACGGGGAUUUAGGGGCUCAGCUCAGCUCAGCUAACCACCGUCCUAUUUUGCAAUACACAGCUUGGAGAUAAUGAUUUACUGUUAACUAUAAAGUUACUGAUGAUUCUGAUUCACAUCCAACCUGCAGAGAUCUCUCUCUCUCUCUUUUUAAAAGUUUCUUACAACGCCAACUGGCAACUGAGAUACAUCAAAAAUCAGGAUGUUGCGUGACCCAAAUUGCUCAAACGGAGCUUUUGGCAGAGCUCAAUCCAAGCUUUUACGCGCGUACAGGGAUCCGAGUCGGUUUCACUUUCGGGAUGGGGAUAUUCCACACACAUUUGGAACGUGACAGCCAAAUCUGUAUCCUUUGCGAUGCUGCAUCACUGUUUUUCGUGUUCAAAUAUUGCAUCUUCUGCCUUAUGGGGAGGCAUCCCUUAGUGGGUGCGUAUUGUGUAGUGCGUUUUAUCGUGUGUUUUUUUUUGCUGUUGGGUUUUUGUUUUGUUUUGUUGUUGGGGUUUUUUUUUUUUUCGUUUGUUUUCUAAAUUGAGUAUCGAUUUGACGCCUGGAUGAUGUGUUUGCAGGGUGCAAUGGAGCAGCUAGAAGAGGAACUUACAUGCCCAAUCUGCUGCGGUCUGUUCGAGGACCCGCGGGUCUUGCUGUGCUCACACAGCUUUUGCAAGAAAUGCUUGGAGGGACUCUUGGAGGGGAAUCGAGGUCCAGCUUUUAGGACACCUUUCAAAUGCCCCACCUGCCGCAAAGAGACCCCCCACAACGGCGCAAACAGCCUGCAGAUCAACUACUCUCUGCGCGGGAUAGUCGAGAAGUUCAGCAAAAUAAAGGUUAUACCCAAAAUGUCUGCAUGUAAACAACACUCCGGUCAGCCUCUUAACAUAUUUUGCGCCACCGACUUGAAACUAAUAUGUGGAUUUUGCGCAGCGACGAAUGACCACGAAGGGCACAAGUUCUGCUCUUUGGAGGAUGCGUAUGAACGGGAGAAGGCGGCGUUUGAUGAGCUGCUUUGCGGGGUGAAGAACUGGCGUAGCGCAGAUUACCUGUCCUGCCUGGAUACACUACAAGCCAGUAAGAAAAGAGCGCUUCUGUCGGUCAGUAAGGACGCAGAGAAGGUAAAAAACUAUUUCGAGAAACUCAUCAGUGCCCUUGAAUGCAAAAAGAAUGAGAUGCUGUCCGACUUCGAAACACUAAAGCUGGUGGUGAUGCAAGCAUACGACCCGGAGAUCAGCAAGCUGAGCGCAGCGCUGGAGGAGCAGAAACGGGCGCUCAGCAUCGCUGGGUCUUUCGGGAGCGUUUCCGACACCCUGUGCUUUCUGCAGCAGAUGCAAGAGUUCCGGGACAAGUUAAAGCUGCUUAACAAUACUCCACUGCCGUCUCGGAAAGACAUGGACGUCGGUCCCCUUGUGCGUAAUUUCGACGUUAAAAACUGGGAUUCAUUGAGGCUCAGGGAAGUGGACAGGAUGUCGGUCCCCCACGAGAGUGGCUCCUACCGAAUAGGGAACAAACGCAUGGCAGUGCCCAGAUGGAUCAGCAUUCUUAUCCUCACACUUAUCAGCUCGUUGGUGCUGCCUCUGCUGCUGCCGCACACCUUCACAGCGUAUGUGACCAGGGAGGCUGAAUCACUUCUCGCUGCACUUUUCUCUCUCUUUGCACAUGCCGGUGCGUGCCUCCAGGAAAUCAAGGACAUUUACAUAGAUGUGGUUGAUGCAGAACAGCCUGAUCUACACUGAAGUUUCAAUCAAACAAACCUAAAAUACUUAACAAAAAGCACACAAAGAAACAGACCAGGUAAGUUGUGCAAUUUCCUUAUAAGCUGAUCAUUUCUUUCCAAGUCCAGGUGGAAGUGUUCACAUCACUGACUCUAACCUCUCCCUAUUUUUCUCUCUCUCCUUUAAAGGAAGCAUGCCUGGACAUGUCAUCUUCUCUGCUCAGCCUUUUUAACCCAUUCCUACAGACACUUGCUACCCAUACAAUGACCUUAAAGAGUCACCUGACCCCAAGGUUGAAUGGUCAAGUAACCUCCUACACCCAGUUGGGCAAAAGGGACAUGGACAUGACAACCCAUCACCUCCCCAGAUCAAGUGGUCUGGGUUAGCCUCUUCUUGUCUGUUUUACAGAGUCUUCUGCAAGUAUAAGCACAAAGUAAAGGGAGAUCCGCAUUGAAAUCAUCAACUGCGAAAAAACAGGGAACAGCAAUCACAUCCAUCCAUGUGACAAGGUCUUUGCAAAAAAUAUCACUGAUUAAAACUAUUUGGCCAUCCCAGAGUUACAGUGCAUGGAACCACACUGGAAGACAUUUUCUUCUCCAUUUUACAAGCAAGCUAUAUCCUUACCCAAUUACAAAUCCGUUUCAUGUAGCAUGUAAGCCAGAUAAACAUCAGGGAUUAGCCUAGCCAAAUCAUUGUUGUUCUGCAUAUGACAAGACAACUGCACAGGGUAAAAAUAUACUAUGUUCACUGUGCCACAGCUUUACAAUUAAUGAUGAAAUGUUUCACCAACUACUGGGCAAUAUUUACACAGCAUGAGAUCUUUUCAUCAUCUCUGCACAAAAUAGAUCAGUCCACAAAAUAACAAAGGACUCAACUGUCCCCCCAAGAGGGGGGAAGAAAAAAAUAAUUAAUAAAAAAAAAAAAAAAAGAGGCAGAUACCUUUGAGAGCUGUUUAAGAGCAACUCAGAAGGUGAUGAAUAGUUUUACUGUUCACAGUAGUCCAAGGAUGCUACCAAUAAAGAACUGCUUUGUUCCUUUCUAGAAAAAAAAAGAAAAAAAAACAGCGCUGUAAUGACAGUAUGUGUUAAUUCAAGAAAAGCCAGUUACAUUUGCAUGGCCACUCACACAUGUAAAGCAGUGACUGGGAUUCCCUAGAAGCUCCAGCAAUAUUUUUUUCAAACAAACUGCAGAAGCAUUACAAAACAUAUACAUCAGGAUCAACAACUGAAUAAACCCAUCUCACAGAACAACACUAACACAAAGGCUAUCUAAUCAACUAAUAUGCAAAGCUUAAUUUGACUCAUUGUUCCAUUCAUUUAAUUUUUUAAGUGUUUAUUUAUAGUUAAAGCCAUUUUUAACCACUUCCAGAGAAAGUACGGACCACACUGUAAGACUCCCCCAUGCCAAACAGCGGUGUCUGUCAUCUAAAUAUACAAGUACGUCCACAAUGUGUGGUGAAAUAUUUAAUCCAAACAACUGCUGUACCUGAACUACAGUAUAAACAGUAAUUCAACUGAGUACCACUAAGUACUAACCAAAUACAUUUCUGGUCUCUCCAGUUUUUUACUCCUAUACUUGAACUCUCUCAAGUUUCCUCCUACUGUCGCAAAAGACAGAGCAGCCAUAAACAGGAUGCAGACAAUGUUGUAAACUGUGAUGCAAUAUCAAAAGUACGACCUGAGAACCCAAUUUAUAGUUGACCAACAGCAUGAGGUUAGUUAAGAAAACCUUGGGCUCCAAAUACCCUGAAAAAAAUAAUACUAAAAAAAAAGAAAGAAAAAAAUCCCAACUACCACAACCUUUAAAAUGGCUGCUAGAAGUUUUUUCAUUACACUCAAGCAGUACUUACAGAUCGAUGAGUAAGACUGAAAUUAGGAUCUAAGUAAGCAUGUAUGUUGAAUGUGCAUGCUUACAUAUGUAAGAGGAGAAAAAAAGAGGAAGGAAAGGCAAACUGAGAGAGAGUUGAAUCACACACCCAUACACUCAUGCAGCAAUUACACAAACACAGACUAUACUUGUUUUUGUUGUUUUGCUUAUAAAGCACAAUGUCUAGGUGAAAUUUAGUAACUUGUCCUAGUUCAGUGUUUAAAAAAAAAAGUUAAGCACACAACACAAGCAAAAGUCUUAUCUGCCAAAAAUAAGGCUUUUAAAAAAUGUAAAGUUUUGCUGCAGUUGGCCGACUUUAAACAACACAAAUAAAAAAUAAAUACAAACAGUGUAUUAUGAUUAUUGUGUGUGUUAAGUCUGAAAAAGAAAAAAAAAAAACAUUACAAGAAUGAUUGUCGUUUUCACCAUGUUCCUUAUUAGGCUCGACUUAUCUGCUUACAGCUACAGGGACCGUUACACACCAGUGAAUCGACACAAGAUAAAGCAAUAAACCCAAAAUUACAUAGGUUUAUAUUACUUUUGGAAAUAAACCAAAGUAGUUUUAAAACUUAACACUAACUAAAUAAAACACUGUUUGUCACACUGUAUGAAAAUAUCUGGUCUAUGUGAACACAAACACAUUCCCUUACUGGGGGUAGUGGGUAAGGUGUAAUUUGUUUUAGGGCAAUAAAAUAAAUAUAAUAACAUAAAAAUGCCUUGAAAAUUUUUGGAUAAUUAAAUAUUUCCAAUCUGAUGGCAUACUAGUUAAUACUGUGGGAUACUCUAUAACCCUCGUGUGGAAAAAAAAAGAAAAGAAAAAAGUUUGUGCCACAGAAAAAGACCAAUGAAAACACCAUGUGUCUAACCAGGAGGCAGACUCUUGCCAUGUUUAAUCUUACUGCUGGUGCUGCAGCAGGUUAUCAUAUUACUUACCUAAAAUCUAAAAUGUAAUCAUCAAGUAGAUUAUUCCCUAGCAUUGUAACAGCUGAUACAUUUCUAAACAUGCUGUCUGAGGCACAACUUCACUUAAAAAAAAUAAAAAUAAAUAUAUAUAUAUUUUUUAAAGACACAUGUUUUAGAGAGCUGUACCUGACCAUUUGAAAUUACUAAUAUUCUGAACACAGACCAGCCUAAUCACUUCAGUGUUCGAGACACAUAAUCUCACUUUAGGAUGACCUCAAAAGUACACUUCCCCACUGAACAGAUUUACAAAAAAAUGUGAUGAAACAAUAACAAUUAUACAUAAAACUGACAUUUUUUUUUUUUUAAGUCAGAUUAAUUAAUCCUUACACUGCUUAACCUUACAACUUUUUAGUUAAAGAAAUGUAAGGCUAUAUGCACUAUAGCACUUAGUGUACGCAAAAAUACAUUUUUAGAAAAUAAUAAUAAAGCCAAUAGAAGGGCAGUAUUUAAAGAUGUGGCAAGGCAAUUAGCUGUUGUAACUAGUACCAUCAGCCUUAAACUAUAUGCUUUGGAGGAUGGAAGAGAAAGGGAGGGAGGGAGGGAGGGAGAGAGAAAUCAUCAUGCAAAUCAGCACACAUUUUCAAAAGAUCACAUCUAAGCUUGAGGCUUAACUAGAAUGACCAGUGCUUAAAACUGCUCCAGAAAAGUGACUGACCAUUUGACAGCUUCCAUUUAAUGGUGCAGAGCUGAAGCCAAGGCCAACUCCUCGAGUAAGUGUUAAAAAAAAAAAAAAAAAAAAA